GUGACAAUUUGUGCUGAGUGAAGUCCUUUUUUUUUUUCUUCUUUUAAACGCCGAAAAGAAAAUUGUAGGAAGCCAAAUGAAGUUUUAUGAGUCCCAACUUCCUGGGGAUGCCAUCCAAAUCGUAUAAAAGCUCCCUCUGCUCUCUGCAGUGCCAUCAGCUUCUGCUUGACUCUCCUGUCUUCACUACUUCUCUUCGAAGAAGACUUACUUUACAACUCAACGCAAUGCCCUACUGUGGACCUGCUUGUGCUGUGCCAUCUUGUGCAUCUGCCCCAGUUGUUGGCUUCGGAUCAGCCGGUUCCAAAGGUCUUGGUUUGGGUCUCGGCCAUGCAGGUCUUGGCUAUGGUUUGGGUUAUGGCCAUGGUUUGGGCUAUGGCUUCGGAGCUGGUGCCUUGGCCGAAACCUCAGGAAGCCUGGGCACCCUGGCCGGAGUCAUCCCCUCCUGCAUCAACCAGAUCCCAGCAUCUGAGGUGACCAUCCAGCCCCCUGCAGUCGUGGUCACCAUUCCUGGUCCCAUCCUCUCUGCCAGCUGUGAGCCCGUUGCCGUUGGAGGCAACACCCCAUGUGCCAUCUCUGGUUAUGGGCGGAGAGGAAGCUUGGGCUAUGGAGAUCUUGGCUUCAGGGGUUAUGGUGGUCUUCUUGGCAAAAGGUACCCAUACAACCAUAGAGGAAGCAUCUGCUUGAGCCGUCGUGGUAGCAUCUGCCUGUAGAUGGAUGAAAUUGGCACGGACGACCCCUCCAGAUAUCACGACGGUGUUGGACUCACUUCUCUUGUUGGUUUUCUUUAAAAUGCUCAGGUUCCCUCCCUCUUUGUCUACAUAUAUGUUAUAUAUAAAACAUGCCUUCAGCAGCUCUUGCAUGACUCUUAA